AUGGUUCAGCUAGCGUUUUACGUUUUUCGCUCUUCGCUCAUUUUCUUUCGUUGUGUGCUCCGGCAAUGUCGUGUUUCGGAACGGUGAAAACAGCAACAACAAGAUAAGAUUUUCCGAUUUUCCGUAUGGAAGCAGCGGCGGCAUUUGUUUUGAAAGUAAAGCAAAGUGAGCCAGAAAAACGAAAUAUAAAGAAGCGCCGACAGCGACGAAAGACCGCGCCUCGCCUCGCCUGAAUCCAAACGGUGUUUAAUGUACCGCGUGCGAGUGUGUGUGAGUGCAGACGAAUAUAAGCCAAAAAGGAAGUGAAAAUAGUGCAAAAAGAGCUCCCGCAUAAUAAUAAUAAAGAAAGCCGAGUAAUAAUAAAAUAGGAAAAAAGACAAGGCCCGCGAGAGCAGGCCCCCCAGACCCCAAGCAAAGACCAGUAAUACCAAGGCCCCAAAAGACCAGACCAGUUUCAAAAAAGCCUAUUUACAGGGCCUGCCUGCCGCCAGAUAGUAGUGUACGUUCGUGUGUCUGUGUCUCGUUAUUUGCGUGUAGUGUGUGUGUGUGCUAGAAGAGACCACAUCGGGAGGGAAAGACAGUUUCAAGGAGCGGAAAGGCAGCGGCAGCGAGCAGUGCGCGAGCAAGCAAUAAGAAUAAUAAAUUACACUUUGCUAUAAUAAGAAAAAUUUAUACAUACCUAUACACACACAGCCAUACAGACGGGCCAGUGCCCCACACACAUGUGCACAAGUAAUGCUGGCGUGUGAGUGUGUGUGCGCUGCGCUGCUUGUGGAAAAUUGUAAUAAAAUAUGAACCGCAGCUAGCCCGCUAAGGAAGCGGAGAGCGGUGCGGAAAGAGUAAGAGAGAGAUAGAGAAGAAGAGGAAGAGAAGCGGCAGUAAAACGAGAAAUCGACUGGAAAACCCACAAAAAAACGAAGGAAAAGAAUUGAGUGAAAAUAUCGAAACUGCAUUAAAGAAAAGCAGCUACCACUACUAUAAUCGUAUUCAUGUGCCAUUUAAUUGUUUGGGAAAAGCUUUAAAGGGAUAUACACCACACUAUAUCUAUAAGACGCAACAGUAUUAGCAACACACACAAAUAUAUACCCCCCGUGCGUGCAACAUGUCCUGCAUAUCGAGCAAUUUCAGCUCCUUCUUCCUCAAUUCGCUCAACGAUCCCUCGGAGUUUUCCAAGUACUUGAGCAAUGGCGAACUGAAAUGCGCUCAAUUCGAGGAAUUUCAAGUGUUUGGCUGCGGCGCAGGCGCAUCGUCGGGGCAACAGCCGUCGCUGCAGCAGCAGCAGUUGCAACAACAACAACAACUACAGUAUUCCCACACACAUCUAUCCAAUGGCUGCGGCACGGAUUUUUCCUACGAGGCAGCAGCAGCGGCGGCGUCAUCGUCGUUGUCUUCCCAUACGCAACGGGAAACCUGCCUGAGUGGUGCGGCCGCCGCCGGCAGCUCAGGUAGCGGUAAUCCGACGACGACGUCGAGCGCUCACUCGCACACAGCCGCCGCAGUCGCCGCCUACGUCGCAGCAGAGGCGGGCGUCGCCGCAGCGCCGACGUCAGUAGCAGCGAUAGCGGGAGCAGCAGGAGGAACUGUAACAGGACCAUCCCCCGGCAGCAAUCGCUGGCCCACGGCGGUGGCCACCCCCAAUGGGGGAUCGGUAUCGGUGCCCCAGCACUUUGAUGGUUCCUUCGAGUUUAUCAAAUAUCUGCGCCACUCCACGGAAUUUACGCCGGGAACAGCCAGUGGCACGCCUAGCGAUAGUGCCAUAGUUACAGCUGCAGCAGCGUCAGAGAAGAGCGGCGCCAAGGGACCGGGAGUAGCACUUGCGGCAGUGGCAGGCGCUGGCACACCACCCCCGCCAGCCCAAUCGCCCGUCGCCAGUGCGGGGCUCCUCGACCUGGACACGAGUACCUCCCAGAAGUCGCGAUCUGCCUCCCGCAAGGUGGCCGCACUUCUCUCCUCCGUUUCGCGCGCUUCCAACAGCCUGGUGGACACUAGCACCUCCGCGCUGGACGUUUUCGAUCACGAUUCGAAGCAGACUAUCUUCGACCUGCAGCACCUGGCCUCAAACGGCUCUUCCAACUCAAAUGAGUCCUCUUUGGAGCUGCUCGCCUUCCCCAACUCCCAUUUGAAUGCUUCCAACUCGAAUACCUCGUCGGAGGGCGCUGCUUGCGGGAGUGCUGGGGAGUUUGGUGGCAUUCUGACUGGCGCCAGCUCUUCCUCGACCACCUCCUCUUCGUCGCACGCACCCAAGCUGCUCGGCAGCUUUGUGAUCAAGGAGAACUUCGAGGUGCAUCCCUCCCACAAAGUGGAGGAGGGCAUCUUCCAGCACAUGAACAAACUCCCCUCCAAGAAGAAGGACACGCUCAAGCAGCUGGGCGUCCGAUUCACGGGCCAAAUGACGUUGACGGACAAAUCGAUUGUGGUCGAGAAUUUCAUCAAGUUUUGCGAGGAAUAUGAAAUCAAGGAUCAUCGGCCCUGGCUAUCCCUUAAUCAGUGUGGCCUCAACAAGCCCGAACAGAUCAAAUUUGCACGAUAUUUGGGCCAGGGCCUGCCCACUUUUACGCUCUUUUGCAUUUAUAGCAAUUAUAAGAAUCUGUUUUGCACCAAACGCACAGAAAUCUACACGAAGGAUGGCUACAAUCUGCCUUAUAUACUCGACAAAACCAAGCGUUUCCUGGCCAACACAACAGCUGGCGAAAAUACCAACAACAAUAACAACAUCCAAAACAACAACAACAACAAUAACAGUAACAAGACCAACACAACAACAGCAACAGCAACAACAACAUCCACACCGGUCAAACAAACAGAACAGGGACCACCAGGCGACCAACCGCUGGUGUCAGCACCUGCCUCGCCAGCGAAACCCACAGCCUCCACAGUGGCCGCAGCUCUGCCAUCUACACCCACGCCCACGCAGCUGGUUUUAGCAGUGGGAGUGGGAGGAGCAACACCAGGAACACCAAUACCACGCACAAUGGCCGCAACAUCAACACCAAGACCGGCAACUCCCACAGGGCCAAUAGCGGCACCGCCGCCAACGACACCGCAACAUCUACAACAACAACAGCAGCAACAACAACAACACAUGCUGCACCAACAUACGCAUCCGCAUGGCCAGCAUCCACACGCGCAUCCACAUCCGCAUCACCUGCAGCCGGGCACACCGACACGUAGCACAGCGAUGACGCCGCAGCAUCCACAUGCCCCACAUCCGCACCACUAUCCUCCGCCGCAUCCACAUCCCCAUGCCCAUCCUCAUGCCAUGCAACAUCCCCACUCGCAUCACUUUGCCUAUGCCCAUCCUCAGCAUCCGCAGCAUCCACAGCAUCCGCAACACCCGCAGCAGCAUCAUCCGCACUUCUAUCCGCACCCACACGCAACACAUGUCCAGCACAUGGCAGCCAUGGGCUACAGCCCGGCGCCGCCACCACAGUCUGGAGGUGGUGCGGCAGGUGCAGGAGCUGCAGGAGGCGGAGUAGGACCCGGUCCGCCAGUGUCCAUGUGAGAUUGGGGUCGGCGUGGCGCCAAGGGCAGCGGAGGAGGCGCCACCUGUUGACAAUCGUAGGCUGUUGCAAGACCACAAUCCUCUAUCCUCGAUCCCUAUCCCACCCAUUAUCGAUUAGAAAUUUUAACCAGAAACCUUUUAUAAGAACAUCGCGUCAUAAUCUUUUACACCUUUAUGUUUGUUUCGUUUAUUUUAGAAUAAUUUUACACGCUUUUUGCCAAAUUUUAUUGAAACUAUACAACAAAUUUUAUAUUAUGUUUGUCGACGAAGAAAUUGUUGGACAACGAUCGAUCAUUAUUACCCAAAACCCCCCAAAAAACUAUGCAAUGUUAUUCCUUGAAAAGAGAUUAUUACUUUUACACACAAACACACACACACACACACAAUUAAACACACACACAUAUAUACACAAACACAA